GGCGGCCCGGGCAGCGGGGCGGGCUCGGCGGCGCUGUGCCUGCGCCUGGGAAGGGAGCAGCGGCGCUACUCGCUGUGGGACUGCCUCUGGAUCCUGGCCGCCGUGGCCGUGUACUUCGCGGACGUGGGAACGGACAUCUGGCUCGCCGUGGACUACUACCUGCGUGGCCAGCGCUGGUGGUUUGGGCUCACGCUCUUCUUCGUGGUGCUGGGCUCGCUCUCUGUGCAAGUGUUCAGCUUCCGCUGGUUUGUGCACGAUUUCAGCACCGAGGACAGCGCUACGGCCAUGGCCUCCAGCUACCAGCAGCCUGGACCAGAUUGCAAGACAGUGGUCAGCGGUGGGUCUGCAGUUGGGGAAGGCGAGGCUCGCCCUUCUACGCCGCAGAGGCAAGCAUCCAACGCCAGCAAGAGCAACAUCGCCGCCACCAACAGCGGUAGCAUCAGCAACGAGGCCACCCGGACCAGCAGCAAGCACAGGUCUGCGUCCUGUUCCUUCUGCAUCUGGCUUCUGCAGUCCCUCAUCCACAUCUUGCAGCUCGGGCAAGUCUGGAGGUAUUUGCACACGAUCUACUUGGGUAUUCGGAGUCGGCAGAGCGGGGAGAGCGGCAGGUGGCGGUUCUACUGGAGAAUGGUAUACGAGUAUGCUGAUGUGAGCAUGCUGCACCUGCUCGCCACCUUUCUGGAAAGCGCUCCACAGUUGGUCCUGCAGCUCUGCAUCAUCGUACAGACUCACAGCUUACAGGCCCUCCAAGGUUUCACAGCGGCAGCCUCCCUUGUGUCGUUGGCGUGGGCCCUAGCCUCCUACCAGAAGGCUCUCCGGGACUCCCGGGAUGACAAAAAGCCCAUCAGCUACAUGGCCGUCAUCAUCCAGUUCUGCUGGCACUUCUUCACCAUCGCAGCCCGGGUCAUCACGUUCGCCCUCUUCGCCUCAGUGUUCCAGCUCUACUUUGGCAUAUUCAUCGUUCUCCACUGGUGCAUCAUGACCUUCUGGAUUGUCCACUGUGAGACGGAGUUCUGCAUCACCAAAUGGGAAGAGAUUGUGUUUGACAUGGUCGUGGGCAUCAUCUACAUCUUCAGUUGGUUCAAUGUCAAGGAAGGCAGGACACGCUGCAGGCUGUUCAUUUACUAUUUUGUAAUCCUUUUGGAAAACACAGCCUUGAGCGCCCUCUGGUACCUCUACAAAGCUCCCCAGAUUGCGGAUGCCUUUGCCAUCCCGGCACUGUGCGUGGUUUUCAGCAGCUUUUUAACAGGCGUUGUUUUUAUGCUGAUGUACUAUGCCUUCUUCCAUCCCAAUGGGCCCAGAUUUGGGCAGUCACCAAGUUGUGCUUGUGACGACCCUGCUACUGCCUUCUCUCUGCCUCCGGAAGUGGCCACAAGCACAUUACGGUCCAUCUCCAACAACCGCAGUGUUGCUGGUGACCGCGACCAGAAAUUUUCAGAGCGGGAUGGAUGCGUUCCCGUGUUUCAGGUGAGACCAACGGCACCGCCCACCCCGUCAUCUCGACCGCCACGGAUUGAAGAAUCAGUCAUUAAAAUUGACCUGUUCAGGAACAGGUACCCAGCGUGGGAGAGACACGUGUUGGACCGGAGCCUGAGAAAGGCCAUUUUAGCAUUUGAAUGUUCCCCCUCUCCUCCAAGGCUGCAGUACAAGGACGAUGCCCUUAUUCAGGAGAGGCUGGAGUAUGAAACCACUUUAUAAAGCGGAAGAAGCCACAAGGUCCCCAUGAAGAGAUGACAGCAGGGCUGUGGCAAAAGUGACCCUUCAUCAAAGAGUAGGGCAACGAGCUAUGUGUUCUUAGUCCAAACAUUGUCAUGGUAUGGUUUGAUCUUCCAUUAGCUGACUGCCUGUUGCUGGUGUCCCAUUCAAGCCAGCAGUGCUGAGAGUCUCUUACUCCACCUAAAGGGGCAAUGCCAGCCUAAUAUGACUGUUGUUACCAAAUUCCUCCAGCACAGGCUUGGAGCACAUUCACCGGAGGGUACCAUUAUUAUGAAAAAUAUGUUGCCUCUAAUCAUUAAGGUAUUUUGAUGGAGUUUACUGAUUUUGCAUAAAUAUGUUCAUAUGUACACACACACACACCCCUCCACCACCACCACUAUGACCACCAGCACCAUCAGCGCUCUAUCAAGAGUUGAAGUGAAGCUGGAGAAAUGGCACAGUAGUUAAGAGCACUGACUGCUCUUCCAAAGGAGCCGGGUUUGGUUCUCAGCACCCACUUGGUGGCUCAUAACCGCCUGCAACUCCAGCUCCAGGAGCUCCCAUGCCCGUUGUUGGCCUCCUCUGGCACUGCACACACAUGGUGAGCCGACAUAUCUAUAUGCAGGCAAAAUACCCAGACACGUAAAAUCAAAUUAAAAAUCUCAAAAAAGAGCUUAGGUGAUCUCCUUGAUGCAAAGUUCACAACAGACUCUGGGAAGGAAGCAAUAGUGCUUAGAAAGAUUUCAUAAACCACUUUCUCAUUGGAAGCCAGUAGCAUAUGUGGCAAAACCUGUGCAGGGGGUGGCAAACUCAAGUGUUUACACAUAUACUAGCAUUGAUCGAAUGGUUCUCUUUCUACACAUUUCAGGAUUUGUUUCUUACUCUAGGUUUUUCAGUGGAGGGUAUCUUUUAUGACAGAAAUCCUAUGCAGCCCGUGUAUGGCUUUGAAUGAGACCAAGUAGCUCAAAUCCAUGAUGGAAAUUAAAUUAUAGUCGUGAUUCAGUAUUCAAUUGCAAAAAUACAGUUUAUACACAAAGAGCUGUUGGGGGAGGGGCAGAAGGAGAGUCAGAUUCUCAGGUGUGUGCAGUUGGUAUCAGAAUGCACCCACAGAGCCACAGGACAGGGAGGGCUGUUUCCAGGUACAGGGUGGGCAUGGUGAGCUGGCGUGAUUCUGGAAACCACACGCCACAUCCUCCUAGUGUCAAAUUUUGCCCAGUCCUCAGAACUGAUACGGAAUCCCCCAAAACAGAGAAUAGGUGGCACCCCAAAGCAGACAAGAGAAGAACAAUCAGGUUGUCCACUCUGUACAGACUUACCCUCUCCCACCCAAGAUCAAAGUGAUGCGUCUGCUCCAGACUUUGGGAAACCUUUUAGCAAGGGUGGGCACACAGAUGCAGUGUGGAUGCUAUAAGGAACCAGCCUGGACUGCUUGAGGGCGUACCACUCCAUCAGCUAAGAUGUGUACUCAAAUCAUCUGUAAAGUCUCGCUCUGACCACAAGCUUCUGAGUUUUAAAUACCUCCGUCCAGCAAGUAAACAUUCCCGCUUUCUGUUUUCAGUGUCCUUGGUCAUGGUGCUUUCGUUGCAUUAAAAGUGCCGGUCAAACUUUGAUAGUAUUUUUUUAUAGUUGGUGCAGAGUGGAAUAACUCAUGGAUUAUUUCAAUAUUUUUGUAAUAAAACUAUAGGGUGUACAUAUAGGCAUUGUUGCUUUUUUUUAUAGACUUGGAAUUAUUUAAAAAAUACAUUAAAUGUCAUAUUCACUUGGGAUGUCAGAAUCCAGUCUACAGAUCCAUCAGCCUGCCUCAGCAGAUUGAAAACACGUGGCCCUGGAGAGAUCACCUUCCUUUUUGCAAUUUGACGGCCCAGGAAUCUGACCGGGGUGCUAUCAGAGCAUCAAGUAGAGGGAAGUGGCCUAUUUAGAAAGGGCUUGUGAAGACUGAUCAGUGUUUCCCAGGAAAUCAAAGAUGGAAGUGAUUUCUUUCAUCCAUCCAUUAGAACAAUCUGACCACAGUGGAAGAUGUCUUAAACUUCCUUCCCUGGUUUUAUACUAACCCAACUGAUAUAUUAAAGAUUAGUCAAGUCAUUAAAAAUAAAAAAGGAAGAAAGUCAGUUUCAUUUAACUAUUCACUUAAAAUAGUCAAGAUCUAGAGCCACCACUCAUAAUGAAUGAGUCAUCCAUAGACUGUGGUCCCCAAAGUAACAUCCACAGGAAGGGACUGAGGGCUCGAGCAAUUUUUUUAAGACAGACAAUUUUUAUCAGACAAAUUUCCUAAUACGCAAUGAUUUGACCCUUCAAGCAAGAUUUCCAUGACAAUUCACUAAUCUUUUGAUGGAAUGAAGAAAAUUCCCUUGCUGCCAGUAAAGCUUCAAGGAGGACCCUCAUCUUCUAGGCAAAUGGUGGACAUAUCCCGUUCCAAUGUAGAAGGAAAUCACGCUUAUUUGGGCAGUACUCCGCUGGUGUGCAGAACCAUGCGCUAUCAACUCCAUUUGUUCCAAGACGACUUUUCACUUUUUUGAUGAGCUUUGAAGUCUGUCUUUCCCGAGGGAUCUACAGCUCUGAGUCUGUGAAUGAACAACCAUUAACGUCACAAUAGUGUCCAGCCAAACAAGCCAAUGGGAGCACCCACUCUUGGAUCACAAACACCUUGGAACUUGUCAAGUUUUACUGGAGAUGAAUUGCAGUUCAUUAAUCCAACAGACACUUAAACCUUGGAAAUUCUUGACUUGUAAUAUUGUAAUCAAGCUACUAGGAGAGAACACAAAUCAGCAGACGGCAAAGGCGCACUUGCUCAGUGCUGUGCCCUGACGUGUCCACGCCUGAAGAGAGGGACCUCUGAGAAGCAGAGCUGAGAAAAUCGUGCUACCUGGUCUCUCACCACAAAUACUGUCUGUGUCCGUGGUAUCCAUCCUCUUUCUUUACCUUUUCUAGUAAGAACUGCUUUUGAAAAAUAAGCCAAGGAAUUCCUGGGGGCUUGGAUAGCUCAGAGAGAUGGGUAUGGGUCAAAGGGACUUGCUUCAAGGGGAUGGAAACCCACUUGGAAAUGGAAAGAGUCUGUCAUCUUUUAAUAACUGAUCUUGAGUACCAUCGCCAUUUUUGAUUUGUUCCGUGUCAGCAUGAUAAUAACCAAUGUGUAAAGCUUUCAUUGACGAUUCAGUGUCAGAGGUGAAAUUUGCAGUUUGAACUUAAAGGGGUAGUUACAGAGUAAUUUGAUGCCUGCCUUCCUAAGUGGUAACAUUACCAGUUCCAAGCCGGUAUCCAUUUUAACAAGGAAUCAACUAGCCUAUGGCUUCUCAGAUCACAUAAAAUUUCAAUUAUGACCUGAAAGGUGACCAACCAAAUGGCGUUAGUGCCUACAUUUUCAUUUACAAGAAGACAGGUGGACGGAGAAUUUACAACCGUGAUUUCUUUCAUUUCUCUUUUCCAAAUAAAGGUGAAAAUGAAGUUGUCAGAGUUCAGUUAUAGAGUAUGCGAGAGUGUGACGUGCGUGCGGCCUUGUUAAACUUUCCUUAUACUCUUUUGGCUUCGGUUUUAGAAGGUAGGUCUAGAUAAAAGAGUGAAAGUCGUCAAGUGUGUCCAUUAAGCGCUUUGGAAGAAGAAGAUGGAGUGUGGAUCGCUGUGUCCUGGUGGCUCUAGCAGGAUGUUCCCAGAGCUUCUGAGAGCACUCCUAGGAAUCCACGCUGGUACCCAGGCAAGUUUUGUUGAGAGUGAUCUCUGGAUGUAACCAUUAAAAUUGAAUGGUAGAAAGGUUGCAUUCACCGGCCAGACAACCAGAACUAACAUGUUGAAAAAUGCUGGUUUUCUAAACCUACACCCUCCUGUGAAAUGUACCGUGAGCUGGUUAACUGUGGGGACACAGGAACAAUAACAGUCCUCCCUAAUAAGGCUCAGGAGUAUGUAUGGCCAUAAUAGUGUUGGGUACCAGGAUAGAAGAUUUCCAACAAGGUACAGAGCCAAAAGAACCUGUCCAUCUCAUGUUAGGAACACUUAAGUAUUUUCACAAAGUAGCCAGGUAAACUUAAUUUCUGCUAUUCCAUAAUUAUGGCAGUGCACAUGUCCCCUUAUAAAGGACAAGACCUGGCUAAUGAGGGAAGAUGGAGGUCAUACAGGAAGCUCCAUUUCAAGACUGGCUCUCUCUAAGAAAACCUUAGCUCUGGUGGUUUUCCUUGAUUAGUGAUCCUGUAAUGCUCCGUACAUCAAGAGCUUCUGGUGAAUUAUAAAACAAGAGAUUAUAAAUCGCUCUUACUUAUUACACAUAAAGUAUUUAGUUAUCCCUCUGUUAAUAACAAUGAGAUUCAGGGUUCCCUUGGCCUUCCUCAUCUUCCUAUUGUGAGUCGGUCACAACAGGUCUGUGUUCAAAUGCACACAAUCCAGCUCAGCCAGCAUCAUCCUUCUCGCAACACAGUUUGGACCUUAAUUCCAUCAGUCCGUCACCUGAUCUGUGCACCUAUUCCGAGACUCCUAAGUCUGUGCAAGUAAUUUUCAGAACAACAGAAGAGAAUAAAAGGACAGUUAUGCAAUUUU